AUGGCAAACCCUGUUCCCGUGCAGAGGCGCCUCCUCCAGGGCCCCAUCCUCAGGCUGCGCUACAUGGUGAAGCAGUUGGAGAAUGGGGAGGUGAACAUUGAGGAACUGAAGAAAAACCUGGAGUACACGGCUUCCCUGCUGGAGGCUGUCUACAUAGAUGAGACGCGGCAAAUCCUGGACACCGAGGAUGAGCUGCAGGAGCUGCGCUCAGACGCGGUGCCCUCGGAGGUGCGAGACUGGCUGGCCUCCACCUUCACGCAGCAGGCCCGGGCCAAAGGCCGGCGCGCGGAGGAGAAGCCCAAGUUCCGCAGCAUCGUGCACGCGGUGCAGGCCGGGAUCUUCGUGGAACGGAUGUUCCGGAGAACGUACACCGCCGUGGGGCCCACCUACUCCACGGCCGUCCUCAACUGUCUCAAGAACCUGGACCGCUGGUGCUUUGACGUCUUCUCCUUAAACCGGGCAGCAGAGGGCCACGCCCUGCGGACCAUCGUGUUUGAGCUGCUGACUCGGCACAACCUCAUCAGCCGCUUCAAGAUCCCCACUGUGUUUCUGAUGACUUUCCUGGAGGCCCUGGAGACAGGCUACGGGAAGUACAAGAACCCCUACCACAACCAGAUCCACGCGGCCGACGUGACCCAGACUGUGCACUGCUUCCUGCUGCGCACCGGGAUGGUGCACUGCCUGUCCGAGAUCGAGCUCCUGGCCAUCAUCUUCGCGGCGGCCAUCCACGACUACGAGCACACAGGCACCACCAACAGCUUCCACAUCCAGACCAAGUCAGAAUGUGCCAUCCUGUACAACGAUCGCUCCGUGCUGGAGAACCACCACAUCAGCUCUGUCUUCCGGAUUAUGCAGGAUGACGAGAUGAACAUUUUCAUCAACCUCACCAAGGAUGAGUUUGUAGAGCUGAGGGCCCUGGUCAUCGAGAUGGUCCUAGCCACAGACAUGUCCUGCCAUUUCCAGCAAGUGAAGACCAUGAAGACGGCCUUGCAGCAGCUGGAGAGGAUCGACAAGCCCAAGGCCCUGUCUCUGCUUCUGCACGCGGCGGACAUCAGCCACCCGACCAAGCAGUGGUCGGUCCACAGCCGCUGGACCAAGGCCCUGAUGGAGGAGUUCUUCCGCCAGGGCGACAAGGAAGCGGAGCUGGGCCUGCCCUUCUCGCCGCUCUGUGACCGCACGUCCACCAUGGUGGCGCAGUCCCAGAUCGGAUUCAUCGACUUCAUCGUGGAGCCCACCUUCUCCGUCCUGACGGACGUGGCCGAGAAGAGCGUCCAGCCGCAGGCGGACGAGGACUCCAAGGCCAAAAGUCAGCCCAGCCUCCAGUGGCGCCAGCCUUCGUUGGAUGUGGAAGUCGGAGACCCCAACCCUGACGUGGUCCGGUUCCGUGCGACCUGGACCAAGUACAUUCAGGAGAACAAGCAGAAGUGGAAGGAACGAGCGGCUAGCGGCAUCACCAACCAGAUGUCCAUCGACGAGCUGUCCCCCUGCGAGGAAGAGGCCCCGCCCUCCCCUGCCGAGGAGGAGCACAACCAGAACGGGAACCUGGACUAGCCGGCGGCCCAGGCGCCCCGAGUCCAACGCGGUCGACGUCAUCAGCACCAUCCAUCGGGACUGGCUCCCCCAUCUGCUCCCAGGGAGCAUGGAGGUCGUGGAACAGACAGCGCACCCCAGGCCAAAUGCCAGAUCGAGGGGGUGGGGAGGGCCCCCUCCAUACCCAUUGGGGCGCACUUUACUUUCCUGGCAGCAAGACAGAGGAACUUCAGACUCCCAGUGGUCACUGUGCCCAUCCCCCUGCCUCUGGACCCCCUCGGCCAGAUGGCUGGCUGGGGCUGGGCGCUCCUAGAGGGUCCCUCGGGCCUGGGGGGAGGGUCAGAGAUGCCAGCCCCCGGGCUCUCCCCAUCCUUUCUGCCUCCAAGUUUCUAAGCAAUACGUUUUGGGGGUUCCGUCAGCCCCCACCCCAGAUCUUAGCUGGCAGGUCUGGGUCCCCCUUUUCCUCCACUGGGAGGGGCCAGAAUAGGAUAGAAAGGGGGGGUUUUCAGAGUCCUAUGUUUGGGGAGAGGAGAGGGCUCCUUGAGGGCACAGGACCCUGCUAGGCCUGGGGUUGGGGGGCGCAUCCUCUUCAGCCCAGACCUGCACUGCUUUGGCACCACCCCCGGCCCCCCCUCCCCCCGCUGCAGCCCUCCCUCCGCCCCAUUCCAGCUGGCCUGCAGGAGGAGGGGUGGCCGGGCCCGGGGCUUGCCACCUGCCCGCUGGGCCCAGCCCUUGGCCCCUUCCCCCCCGGGGCUGGACGGCUCCCAUCCGACCAAUGUCUGUAAAGUGCUUUCCGCGCCCGGGGGUCCCUUUAGGGUGCAUCUGGUGAG